AUGGUGAGUAUCGCCGUUGCACUCGCGCUCGCCCACGACGAGGACGCUGAAACUAUGAUCCUAGACAAAACGCACCAAGAAGGUCGGAAUCACCGGAAAGACACCGUGAAGAGGACGGCUGUUGGCAUCUGGGGAUGCAGUGCAUGCAAAAAGGUCAUUGCUGGAGGAGCAUGGACCGUUUCGACGACCGCUGCUGCUACUGUGCGGAGCACAAUCCGUCGGCUGCGCGAGUUGACAGAGGCUUAA